AUGAUAGUGGAUUUGGGUAAUCAACUUCAGGAUGGUGGAGAGACUAGGAAGAGAUUCAGUCAGCCUGACAAGAUGGUGAAUAUGGAUGAAAAAACAUAUGAGUGUACUGAGUGUGGCAGAAAAUUUAUGGAACGUGGUGCUAUAAUACAACAUAUGGUAGUGCAUUUGGAUAAUCGACGUCACGAGUGUUCAGAAUGUGGGAAGAGAUUUAGACGUUUUGGAGAUAUGAAAACUCACCUGUCAGUGCAUUCCGGUGAUCGACCUCACGAGUGUCCAGAGUGCGGGAAGAGAUUCACUCGUCUUGGAAGUAUGAGAACGCACAUGGUGAUGCAUACAGAAGAAAGACCCUUCGAGUGUACCAAGUGUUGUAGAAAAUUUAAGGAAUCUAGAGCUAUGAUGCGGCAUAUGCUCCUGCAUUCGGGUCAUCGACCUCAUAGGUGUCGUCAGUGUGGGAUGAGAUUCAGUCGUCUUGGAGAUAUGAAGAUUCACAUGUCAGUGCAUACGGGUGAUCGACCUCACGAGUGUCCAGAGUGUGGGAAUAGAUUCAGUCAGCUUUACAGUAUGAAAAGGCACUGGUUAACACAUGAAGAAAGACCUUUUGAGUGUACCGAGUGUGACAAAAAAUUUAAGAACAGUGGAGCUAUAAUACAGCACAUGUUUGUGCAUUCAGUUGAUCGAUCUCGUGAGUGUCCAGAAUGUGGAAAGAAAUUCAAUCAUCUUGGACAUAUGAAGGUCCAUAUGUUAGUGCAUACAGGUGCUAGACCUUACCAGUGUGCAGUGUGUGCAAAAAGAUUCAAGCGUAAGGCCCAUUUAAAGCCUUACAUAAUCCAGAAGAAUAUCACUAGUAUGAAUCCCUGGAAGGCUAUUUUGCUGUCUCCGUACACUUUUCUACCAGAACCUCCUAAACACAGUAAUCACACUAACGUGACUGUAUCAUUGAGAAUCAGUGGUCUCAUUGGUCUAGAGCCCAAUCAAUUGUCUAGAUUAGAUGAUGUCAUGCAAGAGUCGGGUAUGGAGAUGCCAGGCGAUGUCAUUGUGCGCAUGGCAUUCGAGAUAUUCACACGUACCAGCUCUCAUCAAGAAUCAGGCAUGCUCACAUCAUCCAUACUUCUCGCGAAUUUCGUGAUUGAGGAACUAUAG